CGCUGUUUGGCCAUCGCUAAAAAAAAGUGGUGCAAAAAGUUGGCUUAAAUGUUGUUGCCACGGCCAAACUGACGAUGCGCCGCGUCCGCUGAGCCUCGUGUCCGCACCCGUGAGAUCCGUGACCCCCAGAUCCGUGCUCUGGGCCACCCGGAGAACCUGCAGAAACCCACAGAGACCCCAAAAGUCGCAGAGUUUUCAGUUCGUUUUGCAGUUGGUUUGUAUUGGCCGAGCGAAGCAAACAAACAAGCGCACAGGCGCAUCGGAGAUACAUCGGAUAAAAAGGAUAAAGCCCCCCGAUUCGGAGCAGGAUCAGCAGCGCGCCAUGUCGCAGGUGCUGCUCAGCCCCCGCAAGCAGGGCGUGGCGGAGGCGGAGGGGCUGGACUACACGAACAGCAGCUCGAUCAUUGAGUUUCUGGCCAAGGAGCAGGAUUGCGGCGGCCUGCUGACGGACCCGGAUCCCGAGUCCAUUUUCCAGGAGGUCAGCCGCCUGUCCGACAGCACGGACAUGCGAUCCGUGGACGAGCUGCUGCAGGAGGCCGAGCGGCUCAUCCAACAGCAGUUGCGUCUGGGCGGGAUGGCCCAGGAAAAGGAGAAUCCCAAAGCCAAAGCCGAAGAACCGGCAGCAGCAGCUGGAGCCCCCGGUGAUGGCUGCUCCUCCUCGUCCCCGCAAUCCUCGCCGCACAGCAGCAUCCGGCUGAAUACACGCUACACCCAUCGGAUCGAGCAUUUGCCCCUGGCUCCUCUGCCGCCAAAAGCACCAAUAGCCGGCUGCAAUGGCAAAGUUCGGCCCAGAUCCGGCUCCAAGUCGUCGGCCUCGCCCACUUCCGUGCAGACGCCGCUCGAUAGCAGCUCGAAUGGCUGCGGCUUUGCCGCCUUCGUGGACAACCUGCCCUCCGAAUCGGUCAUUUCCGAGGAGUCCACGCCCAAGGACAUGGACAUGGAGAACCGCACGGCGGCCAUGGCGCAGCUGCAGCUCCAGCUGCAGGACAACACCGACGACGACGAGGAUACGAUGGAGGAGAUCACCGAGGCGGAGGUUGAUGCGCCAGUUCUUCCCUUGGCCGAGGAAUCUGGCCACUCGGUGAGGAGUCCCCCGGGCAGCCAGCCAAGGAGCCACGCCCAUUCUUACAACCAUCAGCCCAUCAGGCCGAUGGCUAGCUACAGCGAAAAGGCUGUGGGCAGCUCACCCAAGCAUCUGGUGAGCACGCUGAGCUCACCCAUCGAGCAGAUCGCCUGCAGUGUCUCCCGGGAGCAUGCCCUGAAACUAGAGAUCGAGCAGCUGCAGGAGCGGCUCAAGGACACCGAGGAGCGUCUGGCCUCCGUUCGCCUGCAGAGCGACUCGCUGUCGCAGACGCAACGUGCCCUCCGGGAUCACAACGGUCGGCUGCAGGAGGAGUCCGAGAUGCUGAAGCUGGACGUACAGCAUCUGAAUGAGUGUGCCAAUGUUUUGCGGGCGGAACUGCAGGCGGCACGAAGGGAUCGUGGUGAGGCGAUCCAACUACAGCGAUCGCUGCGCGAGGAACUCGAGGAGGCGCACCAGGAGCGGCGGCGGACCGGCGAGGGCAAGGAGAAGGACGGUCGCGUCAUCCAGGACCUGCAGCGCCAGUGUCGCGAGAUGGAGCGGAUACUCAUGCGCAAGCAUCCGGACUCGGUGUCCGCUCUGAUAGUCGCUUCCAAGAGUCCGGGCAUGUGUCCGCUGAACGAUCAGGAGAACGUGAACAGUCGCAAGCUGCUGGAGCAGCGCAUCGCCCAGCUGGAAUCGGAUGCCAAGGAGCAGGAUCGCAAGGCGCAACAGAUUCUGGCCAAUGUCCAGGCUCGCUUCAAUUCGGUGCAGGCCAAAUACGAGACGCACAUUGCGGAUCUGGAGACGCAGGUGCUGAGCCUCCAGGAGAUCAACACGAAGCUGAACGAGCAGAUUGAAUCUCAGGUGCGCACCCUGGAUCGCUACAUGCAAAAGCGGGCGGAUAGAUACUACAACAAUUGCACCCAAACGGAGCCAUUGGAGGAUCAUGACCCGGUUGGCAUAACUCCAGUUAAUCCGGGAGGAGUAUCCUCGUCCACAAUGGGCACCCAAACUCAGCUGGCGAAUGGAACGCGGGAUCACAGCACCAACACCAUUGGCUGCCCCUCACCGGCGCUGGUUUGCCAGCAACAGCAUCUCCACCAGCCGCAUGUCCACCUCCAUCCACAUGCCCCAUCCGCCAGCAGCAGCACCAGCAGCACGGCCAACUCCACGCCAAACACGUCGCGUCCGAACUCGAAGCAAAGUGGCGGUCAGCGGCGUUCGCCACUGGUCACCGCCGGUCCCUCCAAGCUGCCCAUCUCGCAGUCGGACUCCACGCUCUCGCUGCUCAGCCAUGGUGGUGGCGUUGGCUCCAAGGAGGAGGCCCAGCUGCUCAGCUCCGUGCGGAGCAUGCGCGUGGAUUUGGCCAUUAAGAACAAGGCAAUGCAGCGACUGACGCGGGAGUUGGACGAGUGCAAGAAGACCAUACGGAAGCUGCAGCGGGACAGGGAGGGCAGCCAGGCAGGUAGCAAAUUGGAUCUUAGAUCGCAGGCAAGUGGAGGAUCUCUGCAGCGGCGUUCCAGUGGCUAUGAUCAUCAUCACCACAGUGACCACAUUCCGGCGGCCACCGAAAGUCAGGCUCUGAAGGAGGCCCAAAACAAAUACCGCCUGCUGGAGGCCGACUAUAAAACGCUGCAUGACAAGCGGCUGCAGGAUUUAAAGACCCUGCAGAGUGCCCAUGAAAGGGAACUGGCCUCCUGCAACGAGACUGUGCGCAUUUUGCAGCAGCGCCUCAACGAGCGGGAGGAGGCACUGACCACCCAAAAGCGGCGCAAAGUGCCCGUGGAUUACUAUGCGCUGAAGGCCAAGGUAUCCCUUUUGGAACGACGGCAUUCGGAGCGGGAGGAGCGACUUCAUAUGCUGGUGGAGGCACUCAGCAAGGGACGACUCAACGGUGCUCUCGAGGAUCUGAUGCAGGAGAACAACAACAAGUAGUGCAGUUCGAGGGAUUUUUUGGAGAUAACUUAAGCCACAUUGCCAUGUUCAAUGCCAGCCAAUUCGACUAGAGUCCGUCUAAGCAGAAAAAACACAUCCAAUGAUAAAGAAAAAAAAACCGCAAUUUUAGCCAGAACAAAAAAGAUAAACAGGGGUUGGGAACAGGGUUUUCCAGGAG